CUCUCAAAAGUGCGCCAAGUUCGCUUGCCAUUGGCCGGCGUGGAGGGAGAGGGUGGAACCGAGGCUAGUCUGUGGAAUGGAGACAAAAAAAAUUCGCGAAACGCACGUGACGCAACAUUUUAACGAGAGACCCGAGGAGAAAACGAGGCGCUUUGGAAAGGCGCUUCCAAGUUACUGUUUGCUUGGGCAGCAUGUCACACGCUUGAUGGCCGACAGUCGCGUGUUCCCCGUGUGGCGUGGGCUGGGCGCUGGCCUGGGAGGCGCCUGGAGCCAAGGUUGGGGGCGCUGCCUGUUACGCUGGGAGCCCCCGGCCCGGUCAGACGCAGCCCCGACGCCCGCCCCCGACUACCCCGUUUGGCUGCUCAUCUGCCGCAGGGGCCGCGCUCGCCUCGGGGAGGUGUGCCUGCGGGGUGUCGGCGCCGUUGACUCGCCCGCCGCCGUGUUUGGUGUCAAACUGCCGCCGCUCUUUGACGUCCACCAGGUGCCUAAGGUGUUCCGUGAGGACAGCAUCUUGUCCGGCUACCGACACCCGCAGAGCUCGGCACUGGACUGCGUGCUCAGCAGCUUCCACAUCAACAACGAAACCGUCAACAUCUGGACGCACUUCCUGCCAACGUGGUACUUCGUGUGGAGGCUGGCCUCGCUGUGCUCCAGCAUGAACUUGACGAGCGACAGCUACACGUGGCCUCUGCUGGCGUACAUGCUGCUGGUGUGCGUGUACCCGUUCACCUCCUGUUGCGCACACACUUUCAGCGCCAUGUCGUCAGAGUCGCGCCACAUCUGCUACUUCUUCGACUAUGGUGCGCUCAGCCUUUACAGCCUGGGCAGCGCGAUCUGCUACGGCUGCUACGUGAUGCCCGACGGCUGGCUGAACGGUUGGCUGCAUCGGCACUUUGUGCCCAUCGCCGUGGGCAACAGCUUGUUGUGCACCAGCCUCUCCUGCUACUCACGGUUUGUGGAGGUCCACUUCCCACACAGAAGCAAAUUGCUGCGCACUGCCGCCUUCGCGGUGCCCUUCAUGUUUGACAGCUUGCCCGUCUUCUACCGGCUCCUCCUGUGCUGCGUCGGGCGAUGCAGCCCGAGCGAGGCUCUGCUCAGCCACUUUUACCAGGUGACCUUGGCCUUUCUCACCUGCUUCCUGUUCACCUCACACCUGCCCGAGAGGUUGGCGCCGGGACGUUUCGACUACUUUGGCCACAGCCAUCAGCUGUUCCACGUGUGCGCUGUAAUGGCAACACACUUCCAGAUGGAGGCGGUGUUGUGCGACAUGACGUCGCGGCGGGCGCUGCUGGAGGCAGCGGGGCCGGCGCCCUCCCUGCCCGGCACGGCCGGCGUGCUGGCGCUCGGCGUGGCCCUCAACCUGGGCGUCAUCGCGCUCUUCGGCGCACCGCUGCUCAGACAAGCGCCAUGGCAACCGCCGCGACGGCAACAAGCGCCGGGUGACAGCAAGGAUCAGUGAGUGUGUUGACUCAAUGAGGACACGUUUCAAUUUUUAUUAUUAGUACUCUGACCUCAGACGACGACGUCAAGCCGGUUAAUUUGUCCACAGGGACAAUUUAUGUGCUAUUUCAUUUAUUUAUUUAUUUUAAGUUUCCAGGUGGCCAAAUGUAUGAUUCAAGAAAUCGAAUAGAAUUUUAGAUUUAGUAUUCUAAAAAUUUUGCACUGAAUUUUGGCCAAAAAUUUUGAAGAAUUGAACAAGAUUUUGAAACUUUAACGGACUACCAUGAAAUCAAAUACUUGCAUUUUUGUAUUUUUCCACUUCAGACAAGCUCACCAAAAUAACAGCGAAACUAGUAAGUGAAAUUGUUAAUGCUUCCUUCGCCAGAAAAUAUGAAGCAAACAUCUGUCUUUUUUUGGGGGGGGUCCAAUUUUUGGUCAAAUCUUAUUUGGGAUUUUUAAGACAUUUAGCCGUCACAAUCUAAAUAUAUAUGGGUGUGUGCGUAUGUGUGUGCUUUCACGUUCAAUUAGUUAUUACUUUUGGAUUUGGAUUUUUGAGACCUUUAACCACAAAGAAGGCAUUUUUGGAGCAAAAGCAGACGGCGAUGACUGUAAGUGUGGCGGGAAAAGGAGGAAGCACUUUUAUUUCGCAGAAAGCACCGUGAAAGCGUUUUUACAGGAGCAAUUUGGCAACAUUUUGUCAGCGCAACGUCACUUGGGCUUCACAGUGGCAAAAACGCAAAUGGCGCCCAAAAUAAGCCAUUUGACGAAAAACGUUUUUCAGCGUGCACACUGUCAGUCAAGAAGAUGUGUUUGGCCCAUAAUUUACAUUGGUGGGCAUUUCAGUUGAGGUCAGAGGUCAUCACAGGGUUUUCUGCCACCCGGCCGCAUCUUGACUACUUGUUAACAGUGAGCCAGUGCUCCAGAUGUUUUCUUUGAAAAACAUGACGCCAUUUUUCUAUCGUUUGUGAGAAGGUGAAAAGCACGUGACUCGAGGACUGCGGGGGCAGCGGCACACGUUGGGCUGAGGGCGUGCGAGAGCACAACGCACGUGCACGCGCGCACUCUUCAAUUCAUAUUAAUAUUGCGUCCGAUUUGCAACGUACAAAAGCGUUUUGCUGCAACACCAGGAAAAUGAAAGAAUUCAGUAUUACAUAACAUGCUAAAUCUCACUUUUUAACUUUGAACAUUUUUACAUUUCCACUUUGUAAA